AUGAAAACAUUCAUUGGAAUAAUUAUUUGCUCAAGCAUCCUGUUCAUCUCUGCUGCUGUUGAUCAAGACAUCCAGGAUGAAUUUUCACCUCUGUUGGAUGUUGACAAUCCAUCCAUGUCAUCCAAUUUAUCAACAGACUCAUCACCAACAGAAAUAUUCGUGGAAAAUCCAUUAAUUUCUGAACGUGAAAUUUCCGGAAUAUUUAAAAAAAAGUACACCAAUUCUACGCAUAAAGUUUCGGCUUUAACCGUAAUAACAAAUACAUGGAAAUAUUUCAAGAAUGGUGUCUUGGAUCACCAAAAAAAUGGAAACAUCACUGAAAAAGUUGUACCAAUUGACAUUGACAGAACACCCAGCUUGUUGCCACAACAACCAAAUAAAAUAUGGACACUUGCUGGAUCACGGGGAGUCUCUAUCACAGUUCAAUUAUCUGCUAAACUAACUGGCACUAACCAAUCAAUUGAUGGUCUUGAUUAUAUUUCUCCAAACCUUGAGUUACCAGGAGUGAAUGAAACACACGUAACUGGUAAUUGUGCUGAAAAAGUUAAAGCCAUUAGAAUUUCAUGGGCAUCACAUCGUCACUUAAAAAACAAUUCAAUUAAACUAUUCUUCAAAAAACAAGAUAACGAUGCUAAUAUUUACUAUUUACAAAAUUUAUAUGUAUUUUUAUAUUCACAAUAUGUUAUGGAAUUCGAAAUGAUUCCUGAACUAAUUAACAACAAUAUCUCAGAUUGCAAUGGAGUUGAUGAAACAUGUAGUUAUAGCAUUGAUGUUAAAGAAACUGAUAAAAUAGGCGAUCAUGAACUCACAGUUCAUUUAAUUGUAGAUGACAUUGAGUUUCAUAUUACAGACACCAAUGAAUUUAAUUAUGCUCUACUUGGAAUGCGUGUUGGAUUUGUUCUGGUGAUUUUGAUUGGCCUCACAAUUUACAAGCGCUUUUGUGAAUAG